AUGGAAAAACUGAUGAAGGCUUUUGAGUCUCUGAAAUCAUUCCAACAACAACAGGGACCACCGACUGCAGAGGAGCUUGUCCAGAGGCAAAAAAAGGAACAGGCUACCACCAAGAAGGACAGAGUAACUCACUGUUUGACAAUAUGUGAAAACAUAGUGGCUCAAUCUCUGAGAACAUCUCCAGAGUUUCAGAAGUUACUGGGAAUUGCUAUGGAGAUGUUUUUACUCUGCAGUGAUGAUGGGGAAUCAGAUGUGCGAAUGGUCGCUGAUGAGUGCCUAAACAAAAUUAUAAAAGCACUGAUGGACUCAAACCUUCCCAGGUUGCAGCUUGAACUGUAUAAAGAAAUCAAAAAGAAUGGGGCCUCUCGGAGCUUGAGAGCAGCAUUGUGGAGGUUUGCGGAGCUGGCCCAUCUCAUUAGACCACAGAAGUGCAGACCGUAUCUUGUCAACAUGUUACCGUGCCUCACCAGAAUUGCAAAGCGCCAAGAAGAGACCGUCCAAGAGACCUUGGCUACAGCCAUGCCCAAGAUAAUGCUGGCCUUGGGACAUUUUGCCAAUGAUGGUGAAAUUAAGGCGUUGCUCAAGUCAUUUGUGGCAAACCUUAAGUCUAGCUCACCCACAAUUCGACGGACAGCAGCAAGCUCAGCGGUCACCGUCUGCCAACACUCCAGACGGACCACCUAUUUCAACACCUGGCUCCUAAAUGUCCUGCUGGGUCUUGUGGUUCCUGUGGAUGACGAGCACCCUACUCACCUCAUUCUGGGUGUCCUAUUAACGCUUCGCUACCUGAUACCUCUCCUGCUUCAGCAAGUCAAUACAUCGAGCAUCAAGGGAAGCUUUGGAGUCACAAAGAAGGAGGCGGAUGUGCAGCCAACACCUGAACAGCUUUUACAGGUCUAUGAACUUACCUUACACUACACACAGCACUGGGACCACAAUGUGGUCACUGCUGCUUUGGAGCUUCUGCAGCAGACUUUGCGAACUCCACCUCCAGAGCUUUUGCACAUGCUCAUCACAGCGGGCAGCAUUCCCCACGGCACUGUGUUUCGCCAGGAUACAGAAAGCCGCGCACGAUCUGGCAGUAUUCUUGAACUCAUUGCUGGAGGAGGGUCUUCCAACAGUCCCCUCCUCCUCAGAAAGCAGAAAGGCAAAAUACUCUCUGGAGAAGAGGAUGGGUUAGAAGAUGAUGGUGAGAAGAAUGACGUCACCACCACUGGAAAUUUUUCAACUUCAGGUGCGGAUGGAUCUUCAACAGGACAAGUGGAUAUUAUCACAGAGCAGCCCCGCUCGUCACAGCACACGCUGCAGCCUGGAGACUCUGUGGACCUCAGCGCAUCCUCUGAGCAGGGAGGUAGCGGCGGGACUCCUGACUCACCCAAUGACAACGAGGAGGAAAUGCUCAGCAGAAGCUCAAGUGGCGGGGCCAACAUCACUCCGGAGACUGCCGAUUACACCACUCCCGAGAACGCCACGCCGGACGGGCCGUUGGUGGAGGGAGAAACACUUUUAGGUGCAAAUGAUCAAUCGCUUCCUCCCAGCGACUCCUCCCAAACCACCACAGAGGGACCAGAUUCAGCUGUCACUCCUUCAGAUGUUGCAGAACUGUCGCACACUCCAUUCCAGCCGAUGAUUGAGCCAUGCCCCCCCUCUCCGACCUCCACAGAGGGUCCUGACACUGCCGACAGCGACUCUUCUGUCUACACCACAUCUUCCACAUCGUCUUCUUUCUCUAUCUCGUCCUCUUCUUCCUUCUAUGCCACCUCCUCCUCUAGCACUAGUGACAAGGUGCUGGAUGGCAGUGAGAGCCAGUACUCUGGGAUGCAGAUCGGGACUCUUCAGGAUGAAGAGGAAGAAGGAGCAUCCACUGCUUCCCAGCAAGAGCCUUUUAUUCAGUCAGCACUGGCACUGAGUAAGCCUCACCUAUUUGAAGGCCGUGGUCACAACCGCCAGGGUUCGGACAGUAGUGUGGAUCGCUUCUUACCAAAAGAAGAAACGACUGAACCUGAACCUGACAAUAAGCCUUCCCGGAUAAAAGGAUUAAUUGGACAUUACACUGACAAAGAUAAGGAACCAUUAGUUCACUGUGUGCGGCUUCUUGCAGCUUCCUUCUUGUUGAAUGGACAAAAGAAAGGCCUUAUACCGGACAAAGAGGUGCGAGUGAGUGUGAAGGCUUUGGCCCUCAGCUGUGUUGGGGCGGCUGCUGCUCUGCAUCCAGCCUCCUUCUUCAACUCCCUCUACUUGGAACCGCUGGACGGCAUCCUUGUAGAAGAGCAACAGUACAUCAGUGAUGUGCUUUUCCUCAUUGAUCAUGGAGACCCUCAGAUUCGAGGGGCCACUGCAAUCCUGUGUGGAGCCAUUAUCCAUGCAGCGCUCACCAAAACCCGCUACAACAUACACAGCUGGCUGGCCAGUGUACAGAGUGUAACAGGUAACCCACUGUCCCUGGUGGACUUGGUGCCUUUAAUCCAAAAAACAUUACAAGAUGAAUCGUCUGUCACGUGUAAGAUGGCGUGUUCUGCAGUGAGACACUGCGUGAUGACGCUGUGUAAGAGCACACUGAGUGAGCUCGGACUGCAGCUGCUGAUUGACCUGCUGGCUCUCAGGGACUCUUCCUAUUGGCUUGUUCGAACUGAGUUAUUGGAGACAAUGGCUGACAUUGAUUUCAGAAUAAUUAACUUCCUAGAGAACAAAACAGAAGCUUUGCACAAAGGAAAUCAUCACUACACUGGGAGAUUAGCGUUGCAGGAAAGGGUCCUACAUGAUGUGAUUAUCGGUCUCUUGGGAGACGAUGACCCCCGUGUGCGACAUGUGGCAGCUUCCAUUGUUAGCAGGGUUGUUUCCCGAUUAUUUCAUGACUGUGACCAGGGUCAAGCCGAUCCAGUUGUGGCAGUUGCCCGAGACCAGAGUUCAGUAUAUCUGCAGCUACUAAUGCAUGAAACACAACCCCCGUCCCAACUUACCGUCAGCACAAUCACAAGGACAUACAGGGGCUACAAUCUGUCUCAUACAGUUCCUGACAUCACUUUGGAGAACAACUUGUCCAGAGUCAUCACUGCGGUGUCCCACGCUUUUACCACUUCUACCUCUAGAGCCCUUACGUUUGGCUGCUGUGAGGCCUUAUGUCUCAUGGCCUCCACCUAUCCUGUGUGUAAAUGGAGCACAGGCUGGAACUGUGGCUAUGUGAGCUCUGGAUCCAGUCUUGCAUCUCGGGCCAGUUUAAACCGCAGCAGGGGGAGAGCCCAUAGUUUGUCACACUCCAGCAACACCCCAGCCUCUUCAGCUGCACCAGACACUGAGAAGAAAACGUUGAUCAUGGGAGUGGCCAACAUGGUUUUGUCUUUGCUCUCCUCUGCCUGGUUUCCUUUGGAUCUCUCUGCACACCAAGAUGCACUUUUGCUCGCUGGCAAUUUGCUGGCUGCUGUGUCACCAAAAUGCAUGCGUAAUCCCUGGACCGGGGAAGAUGAAGGAGGUAAUUCAAACACCAACACUGGGCCAAAUAAGACUGACGAACCCUGGGCCGCAAUAUCAGAGCGCCCUCUUGUGUUUAUGUUGGAACAGCUUUUCUCUCAUCUAUUAAAACUACUCAACAUCUGUGCCCAUGUGUUGGACGACACACCACCUGGGCCGGCGGUAAAGGCCACACUCCCUUCUUUAACAAACACCCCGUCUUUGAGUCCCAUUCGCAGAAAAGGCAAAGACAAAGAUGUGUCUGACCUUAGUGCAGCACCCAUGAGCCCUAAGAAAAGUACUGAGGCCAGCACAGGGAGACCUGCAGACAACAGUGGUUCAACAGCAGUCACAAAAUCAACAACUCUUGGCAACUUCUACCACCUGCCAACCUACCUCAAGCUUUAUGAUGUCCUGAAAGCCACAUACACAAACUACAAGGUCACUCUGGAUCUGCACAGUAACCAGGAAAAGUUUGGUGGUUUUCUUCGCUCAACGUUAGAUGUUUUGUCACAGCUGUUAGAACUGGCAACACUCCAUGAUAUUGGAAAAUGUGUGGAGGAAAUUUUGGGAUACUUGAAAUCCUGCUUCUCCAGAGAGCCAACAAUGUCAACUGUUUGUGUACAGCAGUUGCUUAAAACACUUUUUGGCACCAACCUGGCUUCCCAAUACGAGUGUGUCCUUAGUGGACCAAGUCGCUCUCAAGGGAAAGCUCUUCGUUUGGGGUCGUCUAGCCUUCGACCCGGUCUCUACCAUUACUGCUUCAUGGCUCCCUAUACACACUUCACCCAGGCACUGGCUGAUGCAAGUCUGCGCAACAUGGUGCAGGCUGAGACGGAGCAGGACACAUCAGGAUGGUUUGAUGUCAUGCAAAAGGCCUCAAAUCAACUGAAGUCUAACAUCGCUAAUGCAACACGGCACAGAGGAGACAAGAGUGCAAUUCACAAUCACAUUAGGCUGUUUGAGCCGCUGGUGAUUAAAGCUUUGAAGCAGUACACCACAAGUACCUCGGUCUCUCUACAGAGACAGGUGCUGGACCUGCUUGCUCAACUGGUACAACUCCGGGUCAACUACUGCCUCCUGGAUUCAGACCAAGUCUUUAUUGGGUUUGUCCUCAAGCAGUUUGAGUACAUUGAAGAUGGACAAUUUAGGGAUUCGGAGGCUAUCAUUCCAAAUAUUUUCUUCUUUCUGGUACUGCUGUCGUAUGAGCGCUACCACUCCAAGCAGAUCAUCAGCAUCCCUAAAAUCAUCCAAUUGUGCGACGGGAUUAUGGCGAGUGGCAGAAAAGCGGUGACUCACGCUAUCCCAGCAUUGCAACCUAUUGUCCACGACCUCUUUGUGUUGAGGGGUUCCAACAAAGCUGAUGCUGGCAAAGAGCUUGAUAUCCAGAAAGAAGUAGUUGUGUCCAUGUUGCUGAGGCUCAUUCAAUACCACCAGGUGUUGGAGAUGUUUAUUCUUGUGCUGCAACAAUGUCACAAAGAAAAUGAGGACAAGUGGAAAAGAUUGUCACGACAGAUUGCAGAUGUGAUUCUUCCGAUGAUAGCGAAGCAGCAGAUGCAUUUGGAUUCUCCGGAGGCAUUGGGUGUUCUGAAUACUCUUUUUGAGUCUGUUGCUCCUUCUUCUCUCAGACCUGUGGACAUGCUUCUGAAGAGUAUGUUUACUAUUCCAGUAACUAUGACGUCAGUAGCCACAGUGCAGUUGUGGGUGUCCGGUAUCCUGGCUGUCUUGAGGGUGCUGGUGUCACAGUCCACAGAAGACAUUGUUCUGUCCAGAGUCCAUGAGCUUUCACUCUCCCCUCAUCUCCUCUCCUGCCAAACUAUCACCCGUCUACAUCAGCAAAGCUCCUCUCCAAAUGACCCAUCUGAGAGCCCUGCCGGACAAGAACCCAGUGAUGAUGCUCCAAAAACCCUCCCAGAAGAAACAUUUGCGAGGUUCCUGUUGCAGUUGGUUGGAGUGUUACUGGAUGACAUUUCAACCCGCCAGAUCAAAGUGAACAUUACUGAGCAGCAGCACACUUUUUGUUGUCAGCAGCUGGGAACGCUUCUAAUGUGUCUUAUACACAUAUUUAAAAGUGGAAUGUUUCGGAGGAUCACAGCCGCAGCCAGCCGCCUCUUGAAGAGUGAGGGAGGUGGUAGUCUGUCUGAAAGCUGUCAGUUUUACCAGCUGGAGGGACUAAAUAACAUGGUCCAAAGCCUUAUCACAACGCACCCCUCCCUCGUGCUUCUGUGGUGCCAGGUUUUGCUCAUCAUUGAUUACACAAACUACACGUGGUGGUCAGAGGUGCACCACACCCCCAGGCGGCACAGUUUGUCGUCCUCAAAGUUGCGGAGUCCUCGCAGCUCAGGGGAAGGUGAAGAGGACCAGCUUGAAUCCCGUUUAGCUAUGAUCAACAGAGAGCUUGUACGAAGAGGAGCACUCAUCUUGUUUUGUGACUAUGUGUGUCAAAACCUCCAUGAUUCAGAGCAUCUGACCUGGCUUAUUGUUAAUCAUGUGCGAGAUCUGAUCAGCCUUUCCCAUGAGCCUCCAGUCCAGGAUUUUAUCAGUGCUGUUCACCGGAACUCUGCUGCUAGUGGCCUUUUCAUUCAGGCAAUCCAGUCACGCUGCAACAAUCUCUCAACUCCCACCAUGUUGAAGAAAACUCUGCAAUGUUUGGAGGGGAUCCACUUAAGUCAGUCGGGCUCGCUGCUGAUGCUGUAUGUGGACAAGCUGCUCAGUACUCCUUUUCGAGUGCUCGCCCGCAUGGUGGACACUCUGGCCUGUCGCAGGGUCGAGAUGCUACUUGCAGAAACACUACAAAACAGUGUUGCACAGCUUCCUGUGGAAGAGCUCAAUAGGAUUCAAGUUUAUCUUCAAAGCAGUGGACUUGCUCAGAGGCAUCAGAGGUUCUACUCUCUGCUAGAUAGGUUUCGAGCCACCGUUACCGAGGGCAACAGCCCAGUCCCACCCAUCACAUCACAUCCUUUAGAUGGGGAUCCUCCGCCUUCACCAGAAUUGGUUAUAGCAGAUAAGGAAUGGUAUGUAGCCUUAGUGAAGUCGCAGUGCUGUCUCUGUGGAGAUGUGUCUUUAUUGGAGACGACAGAACUUCUCGCCAAACUGCCGCCACCUGAUCUCCAUGACGUAAUGAGCUGCAAGGAGUUCAACCUGAGUUUGUUGUGUCCAUCUCUAAGUUUGGGAAUUCACCGCUGUACGCGAGGUCAAGGGUCCCUUCUGUUAGAGACAGCUUUGCAGGUCACCAUCAACCAGCUUGCUGAGGUCACACAGUCACUUCCCUGCCCACACCAGUCAUUCCUGCCUGCCACUCAUCCACAACCCUACUGGGAAUCUCUUGCCACCAUCUUUGAUGAGCCUGGCUUCUUCCCUAAAGUUUUGGCGCUAUGCAGAGCUCUCUCGCAGUACUUGUUGAAUGUCAGUCAGCUUCCUUCCGCACUUCACAUUUCUCCUGAAAAGGAGCAUCUCAUCACUGCUUUCACCUGUACUGCUACAGAGGUGAUUGUUUGGCGUCUGCUGCAGGACCAGCUGCCUCUCAGUGUGGACCUCCAGUCCGCUCUGGCCUGUCUGUGUCUCGCAUUACAACAUUCCUGUGUUUGGAACAAGCUCUCUACUUCAGAGUACACCACUCAUACCUGCUCUCUCAUUCACUGCCUGCGCCUUAUCAUUGUUGCAGUGUCUGUGAAACCUGGUGACCAGCUUCUAUAUUCUGAGAAAAGACCCAAGGCCGAGAAUGAUGGAGAUGAAGUAGACUCUGCUCAUGCAAAACACCUUUCAGAAUGGAAAUCAUGUGAGAUAAUGGGAGAGCUGGUCGAAGGUCUCAGAAGCGUCCUUACUUUGGGUCACCAUAGGAACCGGGCAAUUCCGAACUUUCUCACUCCAACUCUGCGGAACAUUGUUAUCAGUCUGUCUCGAUUGCCUCUGGUGAAUAGCUACACCAGAGUGCCUCCUCUGGUUUGGAAACUUGGCUGGUCCCCUCAGCCAGGAGGAGAGUUUGGCACAAGUUUACCAGAGAUUCCUGUGGACUUUUUGCAGGAGAAGGAUGUCUUCAGAGAAUUUCUGUACCGCAUCAACACACUAGGUUGGAGCAGUAGGACGCAGUUUGAGGAGACAUGGGCCACUUUGUUGGGCGUGCUGGUCACACAACCCAUCACAAUGGACCAGGAGGAGGAAACUCAUCAAGAGGAGGACCUGGAGCGUACCCAGUUGAAUGUGUUGGCUGUUCAGGCAAUCACCAGCCUGGUGCUGAGCGCUAUGACUCUGCCUGCAGCUGGAAACCCUGCGGUCAGCUGUCUGGAACAGCAGCCGCGUAACAAGAGCCUCAAGGCCUUAGAGACGCGAUUUGGGAGAAAACUUGCAGUGAUCAGAGGUGAAGUAGAGCGGGAAAUUCAGGCUCUUGUCUCAAAGAGGGACAAUGUUCACACACACCAUCCUUAUCACGCAUGGGACCCUGUCCCUGCACUCUCUGCCGCCUCAGCCGCAGGGACCUUAAUCAGUCAUGAAAAACUAUUGCUUCAGAUCAACACGGAGAGGGAAAUGGGCAACAUGGACUACAAGUUGGGACAAGUAUCGAUCCAUUCAGUUUGGCUUGGCAACAACAUUACUCCGCUAAGAGAGGAGGAGUGGGGGGAAGAUGAAGAAGAUGAGCCUGACACUCCAGCUCCCAUGUCCCCACCCCUGUCACCCAUUAAUUCAAGGAAGCACAGAGCUGGGGUGGACAUCCAUUCAUGUUCCCAGUUCCUCCUUGAGCUUUAUAGUCAGUGGCUCAUCCCAGGCUCACCCAACAACAGGAGGAUCCCCACUAUACUCAUCAGUGAAGUUGUCCGAUCACUGCUGGCGGUGUCCGACCUCUUCACAGAGAGAAAUCAAUUCGACAUGAUGUUCUCAACACUAAUGGAACUACAGAAGCUCCACCCACCAGAAGACGAAAUCCUCAACCAGUACUUGGUUCCUGCCAUCUGCAAGGCUGCUGCUGUGUUGGGCAUGGAUAAGGUCAUCGCAGAGCCAGUGUGCCGUUUGCUGGAGGCCACACUUCGGAGCACUCACCUGCCCAGUCGAAUGGGGGCUCUUCAUGGGGUUUUGUAUGUGCUGGAAUGUGACCUACUCGAUGAUACGGCAAAACAACUCAUCCCAGCUGUCUCCGAGUACCUGCUGUCCAAUCUCAGGGCUAUUGCGAACUGUGUGCAUUUACAUAACCAGCAACACGUGCUGGUCAUGUGUGCAGUAGCCUUCUAUAUGAUGGAAAACUACCCUCUGGAUGUAGGAUCAGAGUUCAUGGCAGGAAUUAUACAGCUGUGCAGUGUUAUGGUUUCGGCCAGUGAAGACUGUACUCCUUCUGUAAUUUACCACUGUGUGCUUCGGGGUCUGGAGCGCCUCCUGCUGUCGGAGCAGCUGUCUCGCGUGGACGCAGAGUCACUGGUUAAACUCAGUGUGGACAGAGUGAACAUGCCGUCACCGCACAGAGCCAUGGCUGCACUCGGCCUGAUGCUCACCUGCAUGUACACGGGGAAGGAGAAAACGAGUCCGGCCGCCCGCCCCGCUCACACUGACCCCCAGGCCCCAGACAGCGAGUCCAUCAUCGUGGCUAUGGAGAGGGUCUCGGUCCUCUUUGACAGAAUCCGCAAGGGUUUACCCAGCGAAGCACGCGUUGUGUCUAGGAUUUUGCCCCAGUUUCUGGAUGACUUCUUUCCACCACAGGAUGUCAUGAACAAGGUCAUCGGCGAGUUCCUGUCCAACCAGCAGCCGUACCCACAAUUUAUGGCUACUGUAGUCUACAAGGUUUUCCAGACACUACAUUCCACAGGGCAGUCCUCCAUGGUGCGGGACUGGGUGCUUCUCUCUUUGUCCAACUUCACUCAGAGGACACCGGUGGCAAUGGCCAUGUGGAGCCUCUCCUGUUUCUUUGUCUCUGCUUCCACCUCACAGUGGAUCUCCGCUCUUCUGCCCCAUGUGAUCAGCAGAAUGGGCUCCUGUGAGGUGGUGGAUGUUAACUUGUUCUGCCUCGUAGCCAUGGAUUUCUACCGGCACCAAAUCGAUGAAGAACUGGACCGCAGAGCUUUCCAGUCUGUGUUCGAAACGGUGGCCUCCCCAGGCAGCCCUUACCACCAGCUGUUGGGCUGUCUACAAUCCAUUCAUCAGGACACAUCCCUCUGA